AUGCGAUCUUCCGUUCUCGCCCUCGCGCUCCCGCUUGUCGCGGCACUGCCCAGUUUCCAUCCCACCAUUGGCCCAGCUGCCGGCGGCGGCUUGGAGAAGCGAUGGAAAUUGAAUAGGGAGAAGGCCUCGAAUACUGAGGUCACUCCGGCCGAUGUGGCGAUGUAUAGGAAAAUGGGGUGGACUGAAGCGCAAAUCCUGCAGCUUGAUCCCGAAGCCCCAGUGGGAACGCAAUUGGAACGCCCGACUCAGGCCCCCUCUCUACCUCAGACGCUGGGCGGCGACUCGCGUAACCGAGAUCCUGGCGAUUUAGUUACCAACCGUGUGGGUGGCGGGGACCUGGACAACCAGAACAACAACGCUUGGCCACCCCUCCAGAUCACUCAACCCAAAGUUGAAGAGGUUGACAACACCAGGUCGCGGGAUGGGACCGCCGGUGGCGAGGACGCUGCUAGCACUCCUAGUACGACUGGCCAAGGUGACAACUGGCUGGACAUUGCCAACGAGAUUCGCCAAUCUUUACCAAUCUCGCGGCAAGCACCAAAGAAAUUAUCUCUUCUUGAGGCAGACCCUGAGUUAGAAGCCGCCGCUAAAGAGAGAAGCGCGGAAAGCGUUGGGAAGAAUAAAGAACAACUGACCCAUACUCCCCAGGGAAAACUGCGAGGGUCCGAGGUAAUGCAUUUUGGCCAGGUUAGCGAGUUCAGGGAAGUCUUUUGGGGCUUUCUCUGCGAGAUGCCCGGUGAGCUUGGAAUCCAGGAACAAUGCAAGAGUGUCAAGAACACAAGAUCCGACGGUGAGAAAGGUCACGCCAAAGCCGUUACCGAAGGCAGCUUUUCUCGAAUCGGAUGUGGCCACGCACCGUCUGAUUAUAACGGUGGUCAAUGGACCUGCCAGUUGAAGUAG